AUGACCGACCUCAAUAUGAACCAAAAACAACAGAAGCAUUUUGUUCUGGUUCAUGGUGUUUGCCUUGGAGCUUGGUGUUGGUAUAAACUAAAACCACAAUUAGAAUCUAUCGGUCACAAAGUCACAACACUUGAUCUUGCAGCUUGUGGCACCAACACACACAAAAUAGAAGAUGUUCAUACUUUUGCUGAGUAUGCUAAGCCUUUGUUAGAGUUCUUAGCCUCACUUGAUCCAAGUGAAAAAGUGAUUCUUGUAGGACAUAGCUUUGGUGGAAUGAGUACAGCUCUUGCAAUGGAAAAAUUCCCAGAAAAAAUAGCAGUUGGAAUUUUCAUAGCAGCUUUUAUUCCUGAUACCAAACAUCAACCAUCCUAUGUAAUACAACAGUAUAUUGAGAGAUAUCCAAUGAGUGGAUGGUUAGACACUCAGUUUUCAUUUGAUGGAAGAAAAAUGAAUGUGAUUCCUGGCAUCAACUUCUUGUCCACUAAAUUCUUUCAACGAUGCUCCAAAGAGGAUUUUGAAUUGGUGAAGACAUUACUAAGAGAUGGGUCAUUUUUUCUUGAGGAAUUGUCUGAGGCAGAGAAUCUGUCCAAAGAGAGAUAUGAAUCGGUUCGACGUGCUUAUAUUGUUGCGAAUGAGGAUUUGGCAAUUCCAGUGGAGUUUCAACAAUGGAUGAUAGAAAAUGCUGGGAUUGAUGUUGUGAAAGUGGUUGAUGGAGCUGAUCAUAUGACCAUUCUUUCCAAGCCUCAAGAACUGUGUUUGUCCCUCCUUGAGAUUGCUGAUAAAUACACUUAG